AUGGACAGUGGAGAUGAAUUUUUCUUCCACCACUUCAUUUAUUCAUCGGACGAUUCGUCGUCGGAUGAUGAAGAUCUUGUGGUGGCUGCACUGUUCGUUCACGACCACAUUGAACGGCAGCUUCCUCGGUGCAGGGGGUCACUCCCUGGCCGUGCUCCCAACCUGAACCGCAACAGGGAGAGAGGCCAUGCCCUGCUCUAUGCCGAUUACUUUGCGAACACCCCGCUCUUCAAGCCGGAUAAAUUCCGUCGCCGUUUUCAUAUGGCAAGGCAUCUGUUCAAUCGUAUCCGAGAGGGAGUGGUUGCUCAUGACCCAUACUUCGAGUGCAAGACGGAUGCCCUUGACAAGCUUGGAUUCUCCUCUUACCAGAAAUGCACCGCGACCAUCCGCAUGCUUGCAUAUGGAAUUCCAGGCGAUCUGGUGGAUGAGUACGUGCGUAUGAGUGAGACCACAUGUCUGAUGUCACUGUACAAGUUCUGCCAGGCCGUGGUGGCAGUGUUUGGCCCUGAGUACUUGAGGCAGCCAAUAGCCGCGGAUGCAGAGAGAUUUGGCGAGUACAAGGGGCAUGUCAAAGCAUGCACUGUCAUAUUAGAAGCGGCGGCUUUGCAGGAUCUUUGGAUAUGGCAUUCUUUCUUUGACAUGGAAGGUUCUCACAAUGAUAUCAAUGUGCUGCAGCGUUCUCCAGUCUUUGCAAGGCUUGUAGAAGGCCGCUCCCCACCUGUCAACUUUGAGAUCAACGGCCACCAGUCCAACAAGGGAUACUAUCUAGCUGAUGGUAUAUAUCCUCAGUGGUCAACUUUUGUGAAGACAAUCUCGAACCCCCAAGGAAAGCUUUGGGAGGUGAUGACUGCUUGUGUGAUCAUGCACAACAUGAUCGUCGAGGACGAGCGUGAUGACAUGAUCUUCGACCAAGGAUUUGAUUAUCAAGGAGAAAAUGUUGAGCCCCCGGACUAA